AUGGAGCAAACAGGAGAAGCCUUCCACGGUAGAGCAACACAGCUUCCAUCUCAUCUCUCCAACUCCCUGAUAUCACUGAAGACCUCGAGAUAUACUUCUUCUUCUUCCCUUUCUCUUCCUCUCCUAAAAGCCAGGUCUCUCCGCUUCUGUUCAUUAAAAGGUAAUUUGCAGCAACAGUCAUUACUGAGACCGGUCACAGCGACAAUGGAAUCUGCAGGUGACAUUGUCAACGAUGAUGACUACGGAAAAGAAAAUUAUAUCAAAGAUAGUCUCGAGUGGUCUGGAUUAGCUGAAUCAGACAGACCCUACUCGGCUGGCAGGGUGGAAGAGCGAUCAGAGCAGAAUUACUUGACAGCUGGGCCCUCCUAUCUUCAAGUCAGGGGUCAGCAGACUGUGCCUAUUUUGAAAACCCAUAGAAGAGAGUUGGAUCGACCUAGUAUAAGCAAAACCGAUAGAAGCUUUAAUUGGAGUCCCAAUGUACAUAUAUUCUGCGCCUCCAGGGAGGUGAGCCCCACAUAA